ACGGUUCUAAUAAAUAUAUGUAUUGAAUAAAAUUUUUUUUAUUUCUUUUCUUCUUUUAGUUGUAUCAAUAACAAAAUAUAUAAAAACAUAAUUCCACCUUAAGCAACAAUUAACACAUUCAGAUUAGAAUAGUCACUUUUAUAGCAAAUAAUAUUUAUUUCAAUUUUUCUUUGUGAAAUAAAUUAACCACAAGUAUCUAAUUAUUGAAAGCUGCAGAGUUUCGUAAACAAUAUCAGAUAAUAUUUGAAUUUUUUUAUAAAAGUCCUCUUUAUUGAGAGAGAAUAGAGUGACAUCAACGACAAGAAAGAAUAAAUGUGUCAGCAUUAUAUUAUUCACAGACUGGUAAAUAUAAAUGAUAAAUUAUUAUAACUCAAAUAUUAAGAAUGGAUACAUUUAAAAAUCCACUAGAAACGGUACAGCUUAUACCGAUCUUUAGUUAUUUAAACAUACUCAGUGAUUUUUUAUUCAUUGAAAAUUGCCUCUCAGAAAUCGACCAAAAUAAACCAAUACCAAUUGUUAAUGCACUUUAUGAAUAUUUGCAAGAAUAUAAGAAUAAUCAAUACAAGAAAGUUCAAUUAAUUAGAGAAUUGUUAAAAGGCAGCGAUCUGUAUGGAGCAGAAAACGACGAAUACGUUGAUCAUACUUUUGUUAGUGUUAUGUUUGACCACAUUAUUAGUUCUCUGGUAUUUGUCAAAUAUGGAAAUAUUUAUGGCUUUUUGACUAACGUUUUUCGUAAUGCAGAAAACUUACAAAUAAAAGAAGUAUUGCAGAGAGUAAUAUUAAAUCUCCAAAAUGCAUCUUUUGAAAAUGAAUAUGGCUAUAGCUCAACUCUUAGUUUAGUAGCAGUGGAUAGAAUAUAUAACGACAUAAUCUUACCUCUUUUUCCUAUACCAAAAGCCAAUCUUAGUUUAUUGUCUAUAGAUUAUAUUUAUGCACAAGCUGGUUCAAUGUUAUUUCGAGCUGGUAGAAUAAAUACCAACAAUGAUAUUAAAUACGAAAACAAUGUUGCAAAUCCAACUGAGGAUAAUUUAUUUGACCAAUACUUAAUAAUCGGUCAAAUAAUUGAAAAGUUAAUUUUAACUGAUGGGAAGAAUUUUGAAAUGUUAAAAACUUUUGCCCUUCCAGCUCUAACGUAUUACGUUUUUAAUUCAAAACAUUUAGUUGACAAUGAAAACAUGGCAAGUUUAAUUUCAGAUUCACACUUUUGGCAGACAGCUUAUGAACAUUUAUUCCAAUAUAUAUCUAAAGCUUUUAAUGACAUUGAUGUUGAAUUAAACAAUGAUUAUACAUUAAAAAUGCACGUGGCACUUUCUACUUUUCAAAGUAAGAUAUCAUUGGCUAAAACUUUCAUAAAGCAACAUUUGCUUAAUUUAGACGAAAAUAAAAGAGCCGCAGCAGUUCUAUUUUACAUGUAUUAUCCUAAAGCAUUGCUUUGUGAAAUUGAUCAGCGUCCAUCUGGUGAAGAUGAUUAUUUUAGGAGUCAAAUUAAUGACAUUACAAAAUUAUAUGGAACAUAUGAAUUUCAAUUAGUUCAAGAGGCCUUUUCAAAAUCUCUAAUAGAGAAACUUAGCAAUAUGACGGUUAUUAUAAAAUUACUAUUACCUCUAAAUACAACAGCACAUAGUGAUUUUGAAGAACCGCAAAAUUUAUCUUAUGACGUUUUGGAAUUUUAUUUUCCAAAUAGUAACAUAAGUUUCGAAUACUAUAUUUUAAAACAAGAAGAUUACAGUGUAAUAUUAACAAAAUAUUCUGAUAAUGAAAAAGUUUUUACAGAAGACAUUAGGUUGUAUUUUGAAAAAUUAUUUAGUGCGGCAACACCUAUUAUUUUAAAAAGAACUGAUGAAAAUAUUACUGUCUUUUUCCAAAACUUACUAAAUUAUAAAAAAUCACGGUUUGAGUAUCAGUUAGAAAUUUUAGACGAUUGUCAAGCGGAAAAUAAAGAAAUGAAAAGUGAUUGGUGGAAAGAAUUUGGUUUAUCAUUAGUCCCUUAUUAUCCUUGUUUAUCAGAUACAUUUGGAAACAAUUAUAGAAAUAUUUGUGCAUCGUAUAACAAAGUAUUUUUUUAUAAAUCUCCAAUUGACAUAUCUUUAAAAGCAAUAAAAACAAAUUCACGUUCUUUUCUGUCUUCAUUAGGCACAAAUAUCAAAUCUGUGUUUUUAAAAAUUGCAAGUAGUGAAACAGUAGAUGAAAUUAUAACAAAUCGACAAACUCACAAACUAUCAAUAACAAAUCUACUAGGUAAAACUAAAUUACUUGACGAAAUUUGUUCACACAUAAAAGAUCCUGCAUUUCAAUUGACAUUUAUAACUAAAGACAAUAUAAAGGUAUUUGAAAAAAUAAUUAAUUCUUUAAGAGAAAAGAUUAAUUUCAGUUUUACAUCAGUCAUUAAUAGUCUUUCUAAAAUAUCAACUUUAAAAUCCAACUUAUACAAAAGCGUUGGUACUAUUGGUGAAAAUAAUUCUCGAUUAAUAUUCAUAAAUACUUUAAAUAACCAAAGUGGUUAUGGUUAUAAGUUUAUUUUUCUAUCUGACGAUGUAUUAAAAAUUGCACAGUUAAGAACUGGUUACGAAUUAAAAGAUGAAAGAUUAUUUACACAAGGAGACACAGAAAACGCAAUAAAAAAAUAUAUUGCAUUAAAUAAUGUAAGUUUUGAACCUGAACCUGAUCAUGUUAUGUAUGAAAUUAAUAAUCAACUUUGGCGCAGUUCUAAAAAACUUAUAUUUUCUGGAAUACCAAUUCAAGCUGACGAUUAUGAUGAGAAAUGUAACGAUGAUAUUAGUUAUUUUGAAAAAUCGAAACUUAAUAAUCUUUGCCGAAGACAACGACGUUUGAGUGAAAAAUCUGUCUUCGAAGAUGAUGCCGUAACAUUUAUUAAAAAUAAGAUAAAUAUUUCUGAAGAAUGGAUACGAAACUUGUUUAAUAAAUACACAUUUCCUGAUAACAUCACUCUAUUGCAAUUUGUUGAUUAUUGGAUGUAUAACAAUACCUUUGAAGCACCUGUUUGGAGUAAAAUCUUUGAAAUUGAGAAUUCUGAUCUUUUAAAAAAAUUAAGAUACGACUCACGUUUUGAAAAACAUGAUAUAUCAAAUUUUGAAGGUAAAUUUAGAAUCGAUGCUCUUUAUUCGAAGGAAGAAAGACGUCAAAUUGAGGAAGAAGCAUCUAUAGAAAAUAUAAUUAAAAAUUACAACGAACAGAAAGCAAGGUAUUCAGUAACAUUUCAUGAUUACUAUGCGAUUAGGAAUUAUGUGACAACAGGAUACACAAGAAUAGCAAGGGAUACCCAAGAAGCAAAGCUGAUGAAAAUUGCAUUAUAUAAAUUGGCUAUAAGACAGUCAGACGAUCCGGACCGGGAGUUUGACUUAAAAUUAUUUAGAUUAGAAGCUAAACCAAUUUCCAUUGCCAGAAUGUUAUCAUUUCAGUAUAACAUUAUUUUACAAAAAUUUACACAAGCUUACCCAAAUCUGACAUCUGCUAUUAGAUUUGCUGUUUAUCCAGCACCUGAAUGUGUGAAUAUUUUGUAUGAAAUGGAUUUUAAUGGAUUAUAUGUAAGGGCGAAAAUUGAACAAUUUUAUAAUGUAAAAGAGAAAAAUGUAAUUCUUUUGCCUGGAAGUGUAUUCCUUAUCGAAGACCAUGAAAUAGUGAACAUUAAAGAAUUAGGCAAGGUUUUAAAAUUGAAGCUAAAGUUUCGACACACUAUUAAUGAGAAGCACGUUAGGUUUAGAAAUAUUAUAAAUGAAAUCGCACAUAUUAGUUUCUGAAUAUCGUAUAUACUGAAAUUUGAAAUCUUAAAAAAAAUUAUUGUUUCAUAAACUUUAGUUAUCGCAUAUUGUUACUGUAUAAAUUUUAGUGAUCUUAUAUAUCUUAAAAAUAAUUAUCACGAUGUCAUCUACAUGUUUAUAGAAUAUUUUGUGCUGUACUGUAUUUUGUGGAUAUAGAUCUAAUGUAUGUAUAGAAAAUGUUGUAAUGAAUUAAAAUAAAAAAAAAUUUGUUUGUUAAAAAGUCUAGGAAAUAUUUUUCUCGUCCUCGCGAGGAAUCAGUAAAAUAAUGUUGUGUAUAUACCUUGAAGGACAUUGACUCCAAUCAGUCAUGGGAGAGAAAAAGGUAAUAAUUAAGCCAGGAAGCUUAAUGAACCGCGAGAGUCGCAAGUGUUCGUUUAGACGUAUUUGUUCACUGCCACUCGUUAAAAGUGCCGUGUGAUAGUCACUUUAUGCUCCUCAAAAGAAGCGGAAGUCAACGCCUGUAUAUGCCACUUAUAUCCUUUGAUGCAGCGCAGAAUCAUGUUUUAUCUGACCUUGUACCUUAGUGAUUUCAUUUUAUAACCGCACAGUAUGUGUGCUCUCUAAGAACGUUCGGUAUAUUGCAAAAGCGGUGGCUGUGAUUUUAACUCGAUGAACCUCAAUAAACACGUAAUAAAAGUCGGCUGAGUUAUGACGUUGUGUGUGUAAUUUUUUUAUUGAAAUUCAACUUUUGAACUCAAACGCGCCGUUUCGCACUAUACACACUGUCUACGCGGGGAAAAUUAUACUUUGAAUGUGUCGUAAAACGUGA